AUGAAAAAGUUUAGGGCCAAAUUGUUUGACUCUGACCGCACAUAUAAACCCAAGAAAAAACAUAAGGAAGGGACAGAACGUUAUAAUCUACACAAAUUUGCCAAAUCUCUUGUGCGUUCUGGUGAUUUGAGCAAGGCUGUGCGUCUGCCACAAGGGGCCAACCUCAAUCAUUGGCUCUCUGUACAUACGGUUGAUUUCUACAACAUCACGAAUGUUCUUUACGGCUCACUCACGGAGUUUUGCACGACUAGCAGCUGUCCGGUGAUGUCCUCUGGUCCCCGAUACGAGUACCUUUGGAAGGAUCCCCCGGAGUACCCAAAGGCAACAAAGGUGAGUGCCCCUGAGUAUGUGCGCCUGCUUAUGGAGUGGAUUGAGAAGCAGAUCAAUGAUGAGCGCAUAUUCCCUUCGGAGGAUCGCAACCCCUAUCCGCCGGAUUUUGUAGAACGGGUGAAAAUAUGUUUUAAACGCCUUUUCCGGGUCUAUGCGCAUGUAUAUUACUCACAUUUCGCGAAGAUACGUGAGCUGCAGGAGGAGUCACACAUUAACACGGCGCUUAAACAUUUCAUGUACUUUGUCUGGGAGUUUGAUCUUAUUCCACGGGAGGAGGUCUCGCCGCUGCAGGAGCUGCUUAUUAACCUCAUGGGGCAGAGGGCGAAGGACAAGUUAGAAGCUGCAUAG